AUGAAAGCCAGCAUUCUGAAAGAAGAGUUUACAACAGCAUAUUCGAGUAAGUUUAUUCUCCGCAUAUUUGCUCGCACACAGAAAGAAAGACAAUCUAACAUAUUUCGAUCGAUCAAAGAAAUUAUGCGACUUAAAACAGAAAAAGGCCUUGCAUUGCAAGAUGUGAUAUUCGAAGUAUACAAAGACGUUGUAAAAUACAAAUUAAGUAAAAAAGCAAGGGUGUAUCUAUUGGAAAAACUCGCAGAGAUAGAAUAUCGACUUACCACAGGUGCAUCAGAGAAAAUCCAAGUCACUGCAAUGCUUGGCGCUUUCAAAACAAUGUUGGAUUUGACCGGUGGCAACGUGGACGAAGUGAUGGCAGAUACAGAUACUGGCGGUUGCUGCUUUGGAAAUAUUCCCCUAUCGUUACACGCCGACUCCAUGUUUUGGAUGCAGAGAUACUAUAAGGAACCGCAGGCACUAUUAUCUCGAUGCCUAGUCACAGUAAUGGAAUCUCCAUUCACAAGUAUGGCAGAGUUACCCACCAGUCCGAGCAGGUGA